UGAUUGUGUUUCAUCUGUUUGCAUUAUAUCCCACGCGCUCAGUUAUAGCAGUGGAUAUUAUAAUUAUCUCUCGUACGCCGCAUGCAACCGUGAGACCUAUCUGAGCGUCAAUUCCCCAGCCAGCAACAUUUUCGGUUGAGCAAUUACCAGGACACUUAGCAUCACAGAGCGCAGUAACAGGUCGGUGCGCAGAGCCGUCUCCUUGUGGACCCUGGUGUGGGAUUAUAGUGUGGAUACAAAAGCAAGAUGGCGCAAGGGUGCGGUGCCAAGACGUCUAAAUUUAUCCUUUUCGUGUUCAACGCCCUGGUCUGGGUGGCGAGCAUCAUUCUGAUCGCCAUCGGCGGGUACGUAUUGAACAACAGCAGCAAAUACUCGGACCUCUUCGGCGAGGGCAGCAGCACGCUGAACGGCGUCUGCGGCGUGGUGAUCGGUGUGGGCUGCUUCAUUUUCCUGGUGGGCUUUCUGGGCUGCUGCGGCGCCGUCGUCGAGAACGGGCUCUUCCUCAAGCUGUAUUUUGUCUUCCUGCUCGUUCUGGUUUUGGCGGAGUUUAUCGGAGGCAUUGUCGCUUUCGUCUACAGGAAUGAUAUUAGAGAAUUCAUUGAGAAGAACCUGGAUGAACAAGUCACCAAAUACUACGGGUUGGCAGAUCACAAAGCAAUCACAAAUGCCAUGGAUGACCUACAGCAAAAGGACAAAUGUUGCGGGGUGUUUAACUACACUGACUACUACAACAGCACAUUCGCAACUUUGCCUGAAUACGCGGGGCAAGCCGUCCCCAAGAGUUGCUGUAAGAAUGAGGGCGAAGUAGGCUGCAAUAGAGCCAACCCUGACAAGACGAUUGCCGAUCGAAGUAAAAUUUUCACUGAUGGUUGCAUGGAUAAGUUGGUAGCUGUCUUUGAAGACAACUUUGUGUACAUUGGAGUGGCCGCGCUGGUUCUGAUCCUUGUUGAGGUCACCGCCAUGAUCAUGGCUUGCUGUCUGAUAAGCGGAAUGAAGAAAGACAGCUACAAGUCUUACACCUAGCUCGGUGUACAAACAAAACAUCAGUGCCUUUUCCUUGAGUAGGUUUGUUCCGAUUUUUCGCCGUUGUUUGCUUUGUUCUUCAUUUUAGAUCUGCAGUGUUACAUGUCUUUUCCUUCCCCCCUUCUUGCUGUAAAAACUCGCUGUCUUAGACAGACUGACCAGACCAAAAAUGCUACGGUCCUCGCGUGUCAUUUUUAUGUGGCAUCAGGCCACAUAAGUAACGAAAGCAACGAUGCCCUCUGUAGAUUAUUCAAAUAAUGUUGGUCACAGUAUAGACAUAUCAUUUCAUGAUUUUAUUCCCGUUUUUGCGUCUGAAAUCUUGUAUAGAUGUUUAAGAUAAAUAUUUUGAUCGUUUGACGUAGUUUACUUCCUUUAUUUUGAACAACUUUUAGUAAUUUGGCAGUAAAUUGGCAUAUUCAAUCGCUAUUAAUUAGUUCUCAUGUAUAGGUUAGAAAUAUAUACCAUCAUUAUGAGUAAUGAAGUUCACAUACAUACAUACCAGAUCACAGGGCAAGUUCGGGUAUUGACUAUAUUCAAAGUUGUCAGUGUAUUAAUACCAGUGCGCACGCGGGAAACAUUUCCAUCCGAAUGGCCUAUUCCAUCCUGGGAUAUUCCAUUGUCACAUUUUGCAGUGGGUGGUAUCUCUCGCUGCGUUCAUGCAUGGUCUGUCACAUUUCGUUCAUAUUUUUUUUUUCAUGUGAGUUGUUCCCUCCACAAAUGGCUCCUGACCACCAGCGAUGCGGCCGUGCCCCUUGGGCUACAGCUGGUCCCAAAUGUUUGUCGACUAAGUGUGGUCCAACUUUUGCAGUUAGCAAAAUAGUCGUUGCUCGAACAUGUCAUUCAAGAGCUGAUUUUGGGCAAGAUUGAUACUAAACAAACCUGUCAAAUGAGGUCAAAUGAAACCUUGUCAGGCAGAUCCAAGCCAAUGAACUAUACACACGAAGUAAAAUGAUCGAUGUGGGUGAAAGAGUUAUAGAAAUUAUAGAACGUCUACAGCCAUUUAUGCAUGUUUGGGCUGUCUUUGACUACGACGAACUAAAAACCCGAAACCAAGGUGGUCCCUGACUCCAUGCAGUCAUCCCCGCGUUAUGUGAUUUUUACUCAAUCCUCGGAAUUGUACAUUACUUGAGAACUUUUCUUUCUUUUUUUUUUUUACAAAUAGUAAAGGAUAGGCCUACAGUAGCUAAUUUUUCAAAGUAUCGUGUUUAGAAAUUCGCUCUUCAUUACUUAGCAUACUCAAAGUUUACAACUCUCGACAUUAAAUGUUGCAAAUAUAACUUGUCACGUAGGUAGCGAAUUGUUUUAAGUACAACUUAAAUUAUAGGCAGCGAUUUAGUUGUCUUCAAAAAUAAGGUGUUGCCAAACAAACAAUAAAUGGCGUUUGUUGGAUCUUAUACAACAGAU